AUGGUUUAUUUUUCUUGUUGUGUUUACUAUUAUUUGGAUGUUCGGAGAGAAGAGCAUGUGAAGGAUGGAAUCAGUGGAUUGCCGGUUGAAAUCCUCAUUGCCAUCCUAUCUCUUUUGAUGCAUAAGGAAGCUGCAUGUACUAGUAUUCUCUCACGCAGAUGGAGAUAUAUAACUGCUAGUUUCAACUUUGAUUCAAAGACAUUACUAAGAGCUCCUGCAGAUGAUGAUACUUAUUUUGAUCAAGUGGGACCUAUAGAUUAUGAUGCUUUAGCAUCUAAAUGCAAAGAAAAGCGUACUACUUAUGUAAGAUAUGUGAAUGAAGUCUUGAAAUUGCAUCUUGGCUCCUAUAUAGACGAAAUGAGGAUUUCUUUUGAAUUCCGUGGGCACUACCCUCAUGAUAUCAAUGAUUGGAUCAAGUUUGCAAUGGAAAAGGGUGUUCAAAGGUUUGAAUUGGAUUUGUUGGCUGGCAUUCACCCCGGAGACUGGAUGCAAUUUUACAAUUUUCCAAGCAUGGAAAACUUCAAAUUCUCAUCCAUGACUUCACAUAGGACUCAUGUGCCACAGACUAUUGGUUCUGCAUCUGGCUUUUGUUCCCUAACAGUCCUUCGUCUGUUUGGUGUUAAUAUCAUGGAUGAGGUGAUUGAGAAUUUCCUAUUCAACUGUCCAUUUCUUGAACAAUUAUGCAUUGUGGGUACAACAUGUCUAGUAAAUCUAAAAAUUGUUGGUCCAUCACUGAAAUUGAAGUGCUUGGAGAUAUCUCACUGCCACUAUUUGAAAAAUCUAGAAAUUUCUGCAAUAAAUCUUGUUUCAUUCACCUACUUUGGACCAGACAUAAGUGUGCCUUAUAAAAAUGUUCCUCUUCUCUCUAAGCUAUCUAUAGGGAGACCAUUCUGUUCAUCCUUUGUUUUUGGAUCUUGCAAGCAUUCCAGCUACAUUCCUCAAUAG